AUGCUGCGUCCCGUGGUGGCCUCGGCCUCGCCCCGCGCCCCUGCGGCUUCCCCGGCGUCGGGGGAGGUCCGCUCGCUCGGCCCUGGCUACUGUUUCGGACUGCAGGAGACCCCGCAGAGCCGCCCGCGCGCGCGGGCCUGGUCCUCGGCCACCCCCGCCAGCACGUCGGGCGCCGCGGGCGACCGGAGCGGCAGCAGCAGCGCCCCGCGCCCUGCGCCCGCCUCGCGGCCGCCUCCAGGUCUAUCCUUAGGAAACAAAAUCUCUUGUACAGAAAAUGCAGGUCCAUCAAAUUUUACUUUUGGUACAAGUUCAUCUUCUGAACGAGAUACUAAAUAUCCUCAAACAGUUAAAACACCAUUGUCUGCUGGAAAUCCCCAGAGAUCAAAUUAUAAAAGUUGGACACCACACAUGGAAUAUUCAGCUACAUCCUCAUCUGCAGUUUCUGUACUCUACCCAUCAGUUAUUAUAGCUGUUGUAGAAGGGAGAGGACUUGCCAGAGGUGAAAUAGGAAUGGCAAGUAUUGAUUUAAAAAGUCCACAAAUUAUAUUAUCCCAGUUUGCAGACAACACAACAUAUGCAAAGGUGAUAACUAAACUCAAAAUUUUAUCGCCUUUGGAAAUAAUAAUGUCAAAUACUGCUUGUGCUGUGGGGAAUUCAACAAAAUUGUUUACUCUGAUCACAGAAAAUUUCAAGAAUGUUAAUUUCACUACUAUCCAAAGGAAAUACUUCAAUGAAACAAAAGGAUUAGAAUACAUUGAACAGUUAUGCUUAGCAGAAUUCAGCCCUGUCCUAAUGGAGGUUCAGUGCAAGUAUUACUGCCUUGCAGCUGUUGCAGCUUUGUUAAAAUAUGUCGAAUUUAUUCAAAAUUCAGUUUAUGCACCAAAAUCACUGAAGAUUUGUUUCCAGGGUAGUGAACAGACAGCCAUGAUAGAUUCAUCAUCAGCCCAAAACCUUGAAUUGUUAAUUAAUAAUCAAGACUGCAGGAACAGUCACACUCUCUUUGGUGUUCUAAAUUAUACAAAGACUCCUGGAGGGAGCAGAAGACUUCGUUCUAAUAUAUUAGAGCCUCUAAUUGAUAUUGAGACCAUUAACAUGAGGUUAGACUGUGUUCAAGAACUACUUCAAGAUGAGGAACUUUUUUUUGGACUUCAGUCAGUUAUAUCCAGGUUUCUGGAUACAGAACAGCUUCUUUCUGUUUUAGUCCAAAUUCCAAAGCAAGACACGGUCAAUGCAGCUGAAUCAAAGAUAACAAAUUUAAUAUACCUAAAACAUACCUUGGAACUCGUGGAUCCUUUAAAGAUUACGCUGAAGAACUGUAACACACCUCUAUUAAGAGCUUACUAUGGUUCCUUGGAAGACAACAGGUUUGAAAUCAUACUUGAAAAGAUUAAAAAAGUAAUUAAUGAUGAUGCGAGAUACAUGAAAGGAUGCCUAAAUAUGAGGACUCAAAAGUGCUAUGCAGUAAGGUCUGACAUCAAUGAAUUUCUCGACAUAGCUAGAAGAACGUACACUGAGAUUGUGGAUGACAUAGCAGGAAUGAUAUCACAACUUGGAGAAAAAUAUAAUCUUCCUUUAAGAACAAGUUUUAGCUCCACUCGAGGAUUUUUCAUCCAGAUGACUACAGAUUGUACAGCUCUACCCAGUGAUCAGCUUCCUUCAGAAUUCAUCAAGAUUUCUAAAGUGAAAAAUUCUUAUAGCUUUACAUCAGCAGAUUUAAUUAAAAUGAAUGAAAGAUGCCAAGAGUCUUUGCGAGAAAUCUAUCACAUGACUUACAUGAUCGUGUGCAGACUGCUCAGUGAGGUUUAUGAGCACAUCCAUUGCCUGUAUAAACUGUCUGACACGGUGUCAAUGCUGGACAUGCUGCUGUCGUUUGCUCACGCCUGCACUCUCUCUGACUAUGUUCGGCCAGAAUUUACUGAUACUUUAGCAAUCAAACAGGGAUGGCAUCCCAUUCUUGAAAAAAUAGCUGUGGAAAAACCUGUUGCCAAUAACACCUACAUUACAGAAGGGAGUAAUUUUUUGAUCAUAACUGGACCAAAUAUGAGUGGGAAAUCCACGUAUUUAAAACAGAUUGCUCUUUGUCAGAUUAUGGCCCAGAUUGGAUCCUAUGUCCCAGCAGAAUAUGCUUCCUUUAGAAUCGCUAAACAGAUUUUUACAAGAAUCAGUAAUGAUGAUGAUAUUGAAACAAAUUCAUCAACAUUUAUGAAGGAAAUGAAAGAGAUAGCAUAUAUUCUACAUAAUGCUAAUGACAAAUCACUAAUAUUAAUUGAUGAACUUGGCAGAGGUACCAAUACAGAAGAAGGUAUUGGCAUCUGUUAUGCUGUUUGUGAAUAUCUACUGAGCUUAAAGGCAUUUACACUGUUUGCUACACAUUUUCUGGAGCUGUGCCAGUUAGAUGUCCUGUAUCUUAAUGUGGAAAACAUGCAUUUUGAAGUUCAGCAUGUAAAGAACACUUCAAGAAAUAAGGAAGCAAUUUUGUAUACCUAUAAACUUUCCAAGGGACUAACUGAAGAAAAAAAUUAUGGAUUAAAAGCUGCAGAGGCGUCAUCACUUCCAUCAUCAAUUAUUUUGGAUGCUAGAGAAAUCACAACUCAAAUUACAGGAAAAAUUUUACAAACCCAAAGGAGAACCCCUCCUGAGAUGGAAGGACAGAGAGCUGUGUACCAUCUAGCCACUAGGCUUGUUCAGACUGCCAGAAAUUCUCAACUGGAUCCAGACAGUUUACGAACAUAUUUAAGUAAUCUCAAGAAGAAGUAUGAAGGUGAUUUUCCCAGGGCUGAACAAGUUCCAGAAAAGACUGAAGAAUAAUAACAAUCCAAUCUUAUCCUAAUGAAAUAAUAUAUGUUAGUGUAAAGAAUUUCAUUGUGUUAAUACAAGAACCUGUAUUGUACAUAUAUGUAGGUACAUAUGUGAAGUUGUGUUAGAACCUACAUAUAUGUUAAUGUGAAGAAUUUCAUUGUGUUGAUACAAGAACCUGUUCUCACUUUUCUCUUGAGAGCGAAAGAAAAUAUUUGUUGAAUUUGUGUUUUAAUUGAAAAUUACAUUAUACUAACCCCAAAAUUCUCAUCUAUAUAGUGUCCAUAAAAAUGUUUGUUAUUGGAACUUAACAAAUGAGAACUAUUUAAAAGAAUGGUUUUUAUGUCAGAGAAAAAUCAAUAUAAUCCAUUACUUUUUUCUCAUUUAUGAUAAUAUAUAAUUAUAUCUUAAGUUAAUUUAUACUUAAUAAGUUACAGUUUACAAUAUUAUUAUAAAUGCCUUAGUUUCAAAAAAAAAAAAAACCUUUCCCUUUAGGUCUAAAAAUGAACUUGAGCUUUUCUUUUACAUUCUACUCUAGAGUAAUAAUAAUACUCUAUGACUCAGCAAUUUCUUUAUUAGUACCUCCAAAUUCUAGCACUGGAUGGGUCUGAAGUUCAUUGGAAUGAUACUGCAGAUUUUAAAAUAUUCUUUUUGAUAUGCGAUAUGGUUCUAAAGGGUGAAAAUAAACAGAUAUGUCGCAUGCAGGGAGGACUUCUAGAUGGGAGAGGAGUCAUCACCAAAGCUUUUAGUUGUUUAAGAAUCCAGGAAUCUUAUUUUCUACUCAUGUUCCUCCUUUUUUUUCCAGUUUUAGUUUUGGCCAUCUUCAGUAGGUGAUUAAAAAACAGCAGAAGGGUAAUAUUGGUUUAUUUGCCUCAAUUGUUGGUUCACAAAGGGGUAUUUUAAAAAGCUUGUUUCACAAGGCACAUGAUUUACACCACCAUGUCAGGAUUUACCCAUAGGUCAUUCUUGUUUUUGUAAAUGGACAAAAGAAAACAGAAGACCACCUGUUGUUUGGUAAUUGGAAACAUGUUAUUUCUAUAGUUCCCUCCCAGUAGAUGACUUAUGGACAUAAUCUCUGCCCAAAGCCCUGGCACAGGGAAGUUAUUCUUUUCUGGGCAACUAAAUGUCUGGAAUUUAAGGUACACAUCUGAAGCAUUUAUUUAAUAAGCCACAGUAUUCAUAAUAAUUUGUCCCCCAAGAUUAUUUACAGAUUGGUUUGGGUCAUAUUUUUGGUAUGCAUAUUAUAUUUUAUCGCAUUUAAUAUCAAUGUUUGUUGACUUUAUUAAACUAUUAGCAUUCUAAUAGAUAUAUUGAAAAAGUAGUCUAAAUAAUAUACAUACUUUUUUGAUAAGUAAAUAUAAGUUAUUUUAAGUUUUACAUUCAAUAUAAUUAACUGUCUUAUUAGAUUACUUAUAUUCCGUAUUGUCAUGUCUUAGGAAAAGAGUAUCACAGUGUUUGUAUUUGAGUCACAUUUUAAUUCAGAGCCUUUGAAAUAAACUAUAUUGUAUGUGGUCAGUCUUAAAAGCAGUUGGGUAAUUUAGAGUUGUGGCAAAGUUCAAGGAGGCAUGGGAGAGGAAAAGUGCAUAGCAGAUUGUUUGGGAUAGUGGUAAAGAAAAGGGAGGAAGCAAUAAAAGACAUUCAAUAUGGUCUUGUUGUGCCUGUGUGUGCCUGUUGAUUACCUCCCAAUUAUUAGAGAGUACGUGUGGUGUUUGUGUUUACAUUCCGGGGUACUUUGCUUAAGAUAAUGUCUUUUUUUUUUUUUUUUUAGUUUCUGGCUGGGGCUGGUUUUGAACCCACCACCUCUAGCAUAUGGGGCUGGCGCCCUACUCCUUUGAGCCACAGGUGCCACCCAAGAUGAUGUCUUUUUAUUGCUAACAAGGGGAGUAGGCAGUGGGGAGAAAAAACAAGCAAGCAAGAACAGGUUGUAUCAAAUAUGCUGAAUAUCAUUUCCUCAAUGAACACCUUAACUUCCCUUUAGAUUUAACCCCAGUGUUGGAUUCCACCCAAGUUUUAAGAGGGUAGAAUGUCUCAUCAACUACAGCUUUUGAUGCAAAAACUGCAGCCAACUGAUUAAUGCCUUUUUAAUAAAGAUUGAGAUUUGAGAUGCUGAAAUAAAAACAGGUUUAUUUCUUCUUAAAAUUAAAUUACUUUUUCUGAAACCAUUUUAUAUGUAGCAGAAAUAUAUCAAAAAGUAAAUCAAAUGAAGAUGUAAUUAUU